AUGGCCGAUCCCCCAGGGCAACCACCGAGGCCCAUUUCUCCAGAUGAGGUUACCAUAAACACGGCUCCUCUUCCUACGAGGCAGACUCAACUAGGAAAUGUUAUCAUAGACCCGGACAGAUGGUACGGUCCUCCAGAAUCUGCGACCCUUCCUCUACUGCCUAGUACACGUCCUCCGGGACAGAGCUCUCGUCAUGAUCACCCAGGGUUUUCUCUUACUCCUCUAGAUCCGGACGUGAACCCGAGUCGAAGCUCUACAAGCUCUAUUUCUCCAAUAUUUCCUACAAGGCCCACUCCUCUGAGGCCCACUCCUCUGAGGCCCAAUCCUCUGGGAGAGGCUAGCACACAUACGGGACAAAGCGCUGUGAGCGGCACAACACUACAUGCAUCCUUACAAAGCCCUGGAAGCGGCGGCACUCAAGUACCCCCACCAAACAUUGCGAGCGGGACCUCGUCGACUCCCGCGCCGAGCUUUCCCAGUUCCCGAACAGCUAGACAGAGCUCUACAAGUAGUAACCCACCGAAUCAAGGGAAUGCACCGAAUCAAGCGAAUCCACCAAAAUUUUCCGGAACGAAGGCGGAACUAAUGCGAUAUUUUAUAGCCGAGGGCAGGGAAAUUCCACAGGAAGUGUUGGAUAUGCCUGAUCGUCUCCUUGCCAAGCUUAGUGCUCUACCAGCUUUAUUUCAGGCUAUUCUAAGACUAGGCGGCCGGAACAACUCCCGAAUCCGGCCAUGGGAAAGAAUAUUUACCAAUGGCGAACAGUACCUAGAGCAACUAAAUGAUCGUACUUGA